ACAGCGCGCCAAUUGCGACACCAACCAUACGGUCAUUGGCCCAUUGGCUUCUGGCUGCGUGCGCUCCGUGCGGCGGAACACGCCGGUCUACCGCGACGAAGAAAACGUGUGAGUUUCGGACGGUCCGGCUUUCGGACCCGUCACGCCCCUUGUUUUGUGCCGCAUCAUCACCACCAGACGCUCGGGUUAACCGUUUCUAGCCGAAGGAUCAAGAAAAUAAAAAGCUAUGCCUGUGAUCUCGGAGGUGACUAGCAACGAAGACGUCCCGCUUCGAGUGGGUCCGAUGGGAGACGGCCCUGACGAGCCAGCUGCAGAGGUCGGCAAAGGCGACGGCAGUAGCGAAGAACCUUCACAACUACCCAGAGGUUCGCGCGCGCCGAAAGUUGACGGCUCUGGGGACGACGACGACGACUCGUCAAGCGCGGAUAUGCCGCCUCUGGAGAGCUUCGAUGCCGACGAAGAGAAGUCUUCCGCUGAAAAGAAAGCGAAGAAGAAGGAAAAGAAAAUAGUCAUCGAAGACGAAGAGCCUGAGAAGGAGGUUGACGAGGACGGCUGGCUCGACGUCCUCGGAAGCGGCGAACUCAAAAAGAGGGUGAUCAAGCCAGGUCUGGGCAAGGACUCAAGGCCACAGAGGUGCAACUGGGUUGUGCUGAACGUGAAGGGCACACUAGACGAUGGCACUGUGUUUGAGGAACACAAGGACUGGCGCAUCAUUUUGGGCGACAUGGACACCGUCUGUGGUUUGGACAUCACGAUUGCCCUCAUGGAGAAAGGUGAGGUUGCCGAAAUUGUGGUGCCUGCCAGGCUGGGCUACGGAGACCAGGGAAGGGAACCAGAUGUGCCACCCAAGGCAAGGCUGCACUUCCAUGUGGAACUGCUGGACACCUAUCCUGCCAAGGACGAGACUGACCUGCCUUUCCAGGACCGCCUCUCCAUUGGUGACGCGAAGCGCGAGAGGGGCAACUUCUGGUACAGCCGCGGUGACUACUCGAAUGCAGCCCACUGCUACAGGAGGGCACUGGAUUUUCUUGAUGACAUGGGUCUGAACCUUUCAGAGUCGCCCGCUGACCUACAGUUGCUGCUGGACACCCGGUUAAAAGUCUACAACAACCUGACAGCAACGCAGAUGAAGAUGGAGGCGUAUGAGGCAGCACUGAAGUCAGUGGACUUUGUUCUCAAGGUUCAGCCCAGCAAUGUCAAGGCUCUGUAUCGGAAGGGAAAGAUACUGGCGGGUCAAGGCAGUGUCUCUGAGGCUGUGUCAACUUUCAAGAAAGCCUUGAAGCUGGAGCCAGACAACAAGGUCAUCCAGCAGGAGCUCUCACGGCUCAUGGUGCGCAAGGAAAAAGAAGACCGCGCCGAAAAAGCCAUGUACAAGCGCAUGUUUGGUGGCAGCAACGCUACCGAUGCCAAGGAAUCAAGCAAGGGGUCUCGUUUUGGCAAGAUUCGUAACUGGACGUUGGUCGCGGGCAGCGCGGUGGUGGCAGUUGCGGCCAUUGGCGUGGCCGCCUAUCGCCACCUGGGGGCCGUAUGACAGCUGCUGCGUGGCGGAAUGCCCCGCUUGUGAAAAGAGCGGCACGCCCGCCUCGAAGCACGCGUCUCCUCUCCGUGCAUUGCACGCAAUCGGGCUGCGGUUUUGUGACAUGGCACGACUUGUGAUGGUGACUGGUGCUUGUUGUGCGAUUGCUGCUUUGCUGUUUUCUGCUGUCUCUUUUCUUUUUAGAUUUCCCGCUUGUUGCUGUCUGGUCCUGGGUCCGUGUAGUUUUUUUUUUAUUGUAAAUUUUUUUUUUUUGUCUUGUUUUGCACCAUCGUUAAGUGUUUCACCAUGCCUGAAGUGUGACCCGCUGGUUGGUUUUAUGCAAUAGGUUAGCUGCUGCUGUUUGAGCUAAUGUACCAUUGUUCAAGCGUGCAGCAUUUGCAUUAGGGAAACCUUGUUUUUUUUUUCAUAUUUUGCUAUUCAAACUGUUGUUAUAGCAAUUUACCUAGAUUAUGUUGUCUGUAAAAGGUUUUUUAAUAAAAUGUUUAAAAAGAACCUUCAAGCAACUUGAGCAGCUUUGCACCAUCGUUAAGUGUUUCACCAUGCCUGAAGUGUGACCCGCUGGUUGGUUUUAUGCAAUAGGUUAGCUGCUUCUGUUUGAGCUAAUGUACCAUUGUUCAAGCGUGCAGAAUUUGCAUUAGGGAAACCUUGGGUGUUUUUUUUUUUUCAUAGUUUUCUAUUCAAACUGUUGUUAUAGCAAUUUACCUAGAUUAUGUUGUCUGUACAAGGUUUUUUAUAAAAUGUUUAAAAAGAACCUUCAAGCAACUUGAGCAGCUUUAGCCCUGUGUGUAUGAACUAGCCUUCACAGCAUGCCAGCUGUUUUACGUCAUCCCUGCCAAUUGCUAGCACUUGUUAACUGUGGUACACAUAAUGUACAUGGUGUGUGCCAGUUUUGAGGUUAAAUUAUGUAACUCAGGUAACCCUGUUCUCUCUCUCUCUUUCUUUUUUAAUGCGGAAGCAUUAUAUGCCCCAUUACGCGAAAAUCAGUCGGCAUGACUGGAUGGUACCAAAAAUGGGCGACGACACUUAGAGUAAAAAAAAUGCUUCGAUUGACGUCAAAUUUCUCAGGGAGAUUCCUGUAAACAAAGGAAGUUAAUGGCAUUGAAAAGAAAAUUUGGUACGUUUUGGUCUGGGUGAGAAUCGAACCCGGGCCUCCGGGGUGCGAGGGGAGCUCGCUUCCCCAACGCCACGGCGGCUCCAAGGCUUAUGGCUCACUAACAAUGUGCCUAGUACUUGCAUUCAUGAGCGCGAUCAUGCAUGCAAUGAACGCAUUCAUGAUGUUCCGUGGUCUACAAACUUUAUCAUGGUUUCACUUUCGUACACGUAAGCAGUCUUUUAAGUGUGUCUGCUGAAUUAUUUGUUAACAUUGAAUGCAGUUCAGACUUGCAGCUCUAAAGUAGUGUACAGCUCUUACUUACCCAUUGAAAUGCAGACACUUCCUGUACUCUCCGAGGUGGCCUUUCUGACACAUUUUCCACAUUUUCUCCACAACCUACACGUCACUACAUCCCUGUAAAUAAGCAUGGUGAGCUGCCAAAGUGUUGUUUUUCUGUGACCACGCACUUGGUACAGAAUUUGCCUGUUUUUAUGGUUGUAGCGCUUGAGUGAAAUGCCUGUCAGUUCUAUUCACUUGGGCGUGGUAUUACAAGGUAGUAUUUGUUUUUGUACUUGUGUCAGACUUAGAACAGAAGAGUGCCUACGGAAGGUUUUGUUAGAAAAGAUGUUAAAUAAAAAAUCAAGUUUGUUUGAAGUAUGAGUGCAACUUUAGUACAGAUAACAUCAUGCAAGUUGCCAACAUACGCUGAGCUGCAAAAUCAUUGUGAACCUUUUUCUCUAAGCGUACGAGCAGUAGCUGAUAGAAAGUUACGAGCCAUUGUGUUUGCCAGCUGAGCCAAAAUUGUUGAUUUUGGGAGAGAGCUUGUGCUGAUUAUGCUUGCACGGGUUACAUAGUAAGCUGCUACUGCCAGCUUCGAGUAGUAAGCAUAUACUUAAUGCAGUGCAUCUUUAAUCUGCUCUGCUCUAGUACUUCUGACUCCAGCACUGAAUGCAGCCCCAACCAAGGAACAGUUACUGGGCUCUCACAGGUUUUCAAAAACUUGUGCGCAGCAUAGCCCAGGGGACUUCUUCCAAUCACUGUUUUAUUCGCUUUCUUGCUACUUCUCUGCAAUCAUUGUUUGGAAUUCCUUGCCAUUGCAUGUUACAGCCCAUUUCUUUGUCUAUCAGUCGGAUGUCAAUUCAGAACAACUAUAUCCUUGUGGCAUCUAAGAAGGCAUCUAAGAAGGCAUCUUCUAUGUAUGUGCCUAUACGUUUGAGCAAGUAAAGCAGUCAUUGCUUAAUAUUCAACUUUUGGUGAUCCCCAUACGUUGAUAAGCAUUCCAUUGAGUGUUGUUACACGAACAAUCACCAUGUUGCUUUACUAUUCUCUUAUUUGUUUUAUGGGAAAAGGAGUUCAGUGUGGCAUCUUAUGUUGUGAAUAUGUGUACAGUGGUGGUUCACCACAUGUUGUAGGUGAACGCUUGGACAAAGCACCUGCACGGGUGUCCUCGAUUACUUGUUCAUAAAAACUUGUUUGCCAGAACUGUUGAAAUAAAAUGUUUGGUUUCUGCAUUGAAAA